ACGUUCAGCAAGACUGAGACAGAUCGCUUUCGACAUUUGUUCCCGUAUCAUAGUGACUUCAUCGACCGUCACCGGACCCAGCCAGUUCGCUCCACGGCUACAUCGGAACUUCCACAGUCCGCAAAUCUCGCCGUUAUCAGAGCGCGGUUGCCAAAAGCUUGA